AGUAACAAUAAUAACUUUCUAGUUACUCCAAAAAUCAAAGGGAGCAAAGAUGUUUAUUAUAGGGUUUUGCCAAAUUGAACCAUGAAUUCUAAACCCCAUUUUCCACCAUGAGCGACCGUGACCGCCACCGCGACAGAGAAAGAGAGCGAAGACGAGACAGGGACGACCACCGCGAUCGCGACCGUGACAAGGACGACCACCGCGAUCGAGACCGAGACCGUGACCGCGACAGAGCACGCAGCAAGAGAUCCCGUACACGUUCACCUGACCGUGGACGCUCUCGUCACUCUCGCUCCCGCUCUCCCGUCGACCGUUCCCACCGUCGACGCCACCACCGAACACCUACCCCCGACCCUCCCAGGAAGCGUCACCGACGGGACUCAGUGGAUGACGACCAUAAAGACCACAAAGACACGAAGAAAGUGGUGUCUGACUUUGUAGACGGAAUUGCAAAGGAACAGAAGCAGCAGAAGAAGACGGAGAAUGGGGAGGAAAUUGAGGUGAACGAGGAUGAGUUGGAGAUGAUGAAGAUGAUGGGAAUUCCUGUUGGUUUUGACUCCACUAAGGGAAAGCCGGUUCCCGGUGCUGAUGUCAGCGGCGUUAGAGCGGUCACGAAACGACAACCGAGACAGUACAUGAAUCGUCGUGGCGGAUUCAAUCGUCCAUUGCCUGCUGAGAAGAAUCGCUAGGGUUUCUUUUGAAUUUGAAGAUCGGUUAGCGAAGGUAAUAUGUUUUGGUGGCGCGGUUCAAUCAUAGGGAAGGUUGGAGCCAGAAACAGUUGAUGGAACUGAAGAAGAAAGAUUGUAUGGGUUCUUCUUGUUUCUUUUGAAACACUAGUUAUUUAUAUUGAAUUAAUGGCCAUUGUUACCUUCAGCUCGAUGUUCAGUGUAAUUUAUUGGAUAGACCAAUGAUAUUAGAUUAUGUUAUUUUUUUUU